CCUGUCUCCCAGCAGCAGCCAUGUGAGAGGAGCUGUCAGCAUGCAGAGGAUGCCCACAUCCAGCUAAAACAGAGCAGUCCUCCCCCUCUUCCCCUCCCCACCCGCUCCCUCCCUCAUUCCCACAUGAGGACGAGAAGAUGACUAUCACCAGCCGGCAGUCCUUUAAUGUCCUGACGGUCAUCUUCCUCCUGCUGUCCACCGCAGCUCUGUCAGCUCAUUACCGGGUGUGCGAACCCUACUUCGACCACAAAGGGCGGUACCACUUUGGAUUUCACUGCCCGCGCCUCUCAGACAACAAGACCUACAUGUUCUGCUGUCACCACAACAACACAGCCUUCAAGUACUGCUGCAACGACACCGAGUUCCAGAUGGUCAUGCAGGUCAACCUCACCACCACCUCAGAUGGUUAUGGACACAAUAAUUACACAGCCCUGGUCGGCGUGUGGAUCUAUGGCUUCUUCGUCAUGGUGCUGCUGGCCCUGGACUUCCUCUAUUACUCAGCCAUAAACUACGAGGUGUGCCGGAUCUACCUGGAGAAGUGGGGUUUGGGCGGACGUUGGCUCAAGAAGGCUCGGAAUCAGUGGCACAGAUCCAUGCCCGAGGAGAGCGAGGUUCAGGCUCAAGCACAACCCAUGGUCCCCACCAGCCACUAUCAACCCAGACACAGCCUCAGGGGAGAGAGCCACAGCCCCACGCUCCUGCCCUAUAACACGUCCACUGCAUGAAUGAUGCUGUGAGUGGACAAACCGAAGAGUAGCAACACCUGUUUCCUUAUACAGUACAGAGGAGAUGUCCCAGAACCCCUUCUGUGCGGACUGCAGAUACAUCACCGCUGUCGGCCUGGCCAUACUGUAGUAGUUUGUAGUGACUACUGCCCCUGCGUAACGAGCACAAACACCCGAGGACUGACAGAAGACGUUUUUUUUUUAGGAAGAGCUUUUCAAAGAAGACUCUUAUGCUGCAGCCUCAACAGAGGAGAGACGGAGACGUUAUACUGCUCAAAGGGUUUUUAAUGAUGCUUAAAAAACAGCUGGCUCGACCUGCGGCGUCCCAAACACAGCCGGGAUGAACUGGAAGCCGAACCCUGCCAGUCUACAGGAACAAGCUCCUCUUUCUACAGUAGAUAUGAAAUGUUUAUCCCACCGCUGUGUCACUUUGUGUUCAGUAGCAGUUAGACACAGUUGUGGAUUAUCUAUUUGGUGAAUUAUUUAUGUGAACUAGUAGGAGAAUUUAUAUGAGUGGCUAACUUUCUGAACAUAUAACAGCUUAGGUUGAUGCUGAGCAUCUCGCUUAGAAUGUUUUCUUUUUUGUUGAAACCAGACAAACGCGUCCUCGGUCCUGCUGAAAAGCAGCAUCCUGUAAGAAAACGGUUUAACUACUCCCUUCUGUGGCACAAGGGAUUUCUCUCCACGGUGUCUGACAAAGACACAGCACCACACAGUUUAUCCUUGGAUGGUUCAUAGUCUUGACAUAAAGUCAUCCAGAGGUUCUGUCUGUUCGCCCAAAACAUUAUUGAGGAUCAGGGAUGUCUUUGUGGCAGCAGGAAGCUUUAUGCCAAGUUAAACAUCCGCUUGGUGAAAAGCCCUCAGACCAACCACAACCCCAGCCGGUUGCUUUCAAGGUUAGUGUGUAAUAUUUUCGUUAAUCUAAAGCUGUAUGGCAGCUUCAUUAGCAAUAUAAUGCAAAUGAUUAUCCAUAAGCUCCUUUAUAAGGAGCCCUCUGUAUCUUGUAUGGGUAACAGAUAAAAGUAAGAAAUUAGCCAUUAUAAAAAAAAAGAAAAAUCCAUCCAGGCCCCCUGAUUGUCAGCAAUAAUGUACAGCAGCCUAAUCAGAUGAGCUGGUGCCAUGAAACCAGAAGGUUCUGACUGGGGAGUCCCAGACACCUCAGUUCAGACUGCAUGUGUAUAAAGCUGAAGGAAGACAAAAGAACAGAUAAGUGUUUCAGAGCAAUGAACUCCUAAACAGAUCUCCAGAGAUUUCUGCGUCAGCUCUGGAGGAACUAAAUUAUUACCACUUUGUAAAAGGAAACUCCGAUUAUGGCUGACGGUUGCAUCUAAUCACAGUUUUCACUGUGUCAAUUGAUUUGCUGAAAAAAAAAGUGAAUAUCCCUCUUACUAUUGGUUUUACCAAACAGCCUAUAAAACCAGAAUACAACGCCUUGUAAAAAUGUUCAAGCCUCAUCGACUUCUAUAAAAAAAUAAAAAAUAAUCACAACCACAGAUUACAACGUAUCUUGAUGGGACUUUAUGGGAUAGAACAACACAAAGUUGUAGGUAAUUAGAAGGGGGGAAGAAAAUACAUAUUUUGCUAAACGUUUUAACAAUAAGCCUGAAAGGUUUACCCGUUCUUUGCAGAAUAGCUCAAGUCAAGUCAGGUUGGAUAGAAUAUCUGUGAACAUCAAUUUUCACGUGUCGGCAAAGAUUCUUAAUUGCAUUUAGAUGUAGCUUUUGACAGCAUUUAGCUACAUCUGUCUCCACAUUAAACUCUGACCAGCCGCCCUUUCUCUGCUAAAGAAAAGCGUCCCCACAGCCUCAUCUCGCCCCCACCGUGUUUCUCUGUGGGAGAUGCUCAGUGCUAGUUUUCCUCCAAACAAACCAAAAAGCAGAUUCUGGUCUCGUAUAACCACAGAACCUUCUUAUGCAUGCGUGCCGUCUCCCCCUAAGCAUAGACUAUGGCAAACAGCAAACAGGGCUUAUUUUGGCUUUCUUUCAAUAAUGCCUUUCUCCGUGCCACACCAAGAGCGGAUUUCUCAACAGAUUCUCCCACCUGAGUUACCACAGGCGAUCUGGCUGCUUCUCUGAUUAAUUUUGGAUGUCCAAACAUUUGAUUUUGUUGUAAAACCUCCCCCCGUUUUAAAUUUCUCCAUUUCGACUUCAUGCCUGACCUGUGGGCUUUGUGGUCUUCCGGUUGUUGUUCGUUCAGUAAUAUCCUCAAACGUCUGUGGCCUUCAUAGAACAUUUGGAUUUACACUGAGAUUAAACUACACACAUUACGUGACUCCAGAGCGUUGGAUUUUAUUUAGGGGUGUGCAAGUAGAAGAGGCUUUAUCUUCUUCUGGCCACCUCAUAAUCACGUGCUGAGUUGUGUUGCUCUAGCACAUUAUAUUCCAAUAAAAUACGUUGAAGUUUGUGGUUGCAGCAUGGCAAAAGGUGAAGAAAAGUUCAAGGGGUGUGAAGACGUUUUCCCCACACUGUAAAUUUAAUAUUCUGGAUUGACAAGCAAAUAAAGACAUUUUUUUCUUUAAACAGCCUACUAUUGUAAUUUCACACAGAUUUGAGUAUUCGCUAAUCUGCCGCCUGUUUUGCUCAGUUAAUAGAGGGACUGCUUUGCUGGAGUUUUAUCAUAAGCUAGCAGGAACAUCUCCAGCUGCUUUGUCUUUUUGUUUGGUUGAUUUGUUCACCCAGUUGCAUCCAGUUUAUGCAUAAUAAAUGAUCUCCCACAGUGGACAAAGAAAUACAGCAAAGUAUUCCCAUUUUAAUGGCUUACAGGGAAAUUAGAGUCGUUUCUGCCAAGAAUAUUAAUUACAGAAAGACCACAGUGAUUCCUAAUUGUCUGACUAAAAGAUGAUAUUCAGCUUCACAAUCAUCUGAAGGCUAACACUUCGGGUCAACUCUGAAUCGGCUGCUUGGCCAAAUCCACAAAAAAUUAAACCUUUUUUUUUUUUUAGGGGAAAUCACACAAAGAUACUGCUUUAAACAAAUUGGUGAAUUAGUGACAGGAAGAAACCAGACAGAGGAAUUGAGUCUUUAAUCUCAGUGCUCCAUGAAGUUUAAGGGGGGAAUGAACAGCGCCGGCCGGCAUCAUCUGUUACCCGUUAUCUGCAAUAAUAUUCAAAUUUGUUGAACUGUGAGAGCAACUUAAUUCCCACUUUCAGGAGCUGAAGUUUAAUUGCACGCGUGCCCCAGAAGACUUGUGCCAUCACUUUUAGGGGGCAGAGAGGAGGCAGGACGUGUCCAAGCGACAUAAUUGGCCCAGAGCUCAGCUCUGGCUUUAAAUUACUCUCACUCGCUCCAAGUGCGAAGAGCCGCAGCAGCAGACAGGAAGGUGAGAGUUUUAACAGGUGCAGCAGGACAUUAGUCUCCAAAUCUGGAUUAACUGAAGGAAAAAAAAUUAUGUAUUUCAGGGCACUGUAUAAUGACUUUUUUUCUUUUUUCACCAGUUAUGUAAUACAUUUGUCUUACCCAGGGAAUUCAAAUGAAGAAAAAGUCAAUAUAUGCCUCUGAUAAGUGGUAGCAGGGUCUUACAUGGAUUUCCUCUAGAGAGGUUUUAGGAAUCCUAACUUGUUUUUAAUGUUUCUACUUGGUUUUUGUGACUUUUUUUGUCUUGUUUUGGGUUUUUUUUUUUUUGUUUCGUUGACAAUAGUCCUAACUCUGGCCUGAUGUGAUGUACUGUUAAUCGUAUCAGCUCAAGCCUUUUUCCUGUAUAAAAAAAAAAAACAAAGUAAAUAAAAAUAAACAGAUGGGGGGAAGGAAGCACACAUCCGUUUCAGUCUCUCCAGGUUGUCAUGUUAACAGUUGCCUUACAGUUUGAUCCCCACCUGUACACAAAAGCUUUGUAGUGGUCGAUACCUCACUUGUUCUAGGUGUGGUGGUGAAGAUGACGACGAUGAUGAUCAUAAUGUGCACCACGUUCUGUCUAUGUACUUCACACUAGAUAGAAUGUAACUUUUCCAGUGAGAUUGUAAUUGCACUUGUUGACUUUGUAUUGUCACAAAAGGGAGAAACAAUAAAGUUUUAUCUUUUCCAGUGUGUUUAAA